AACUCUUCCAACAUUAAAUCUUCCCCUUAAUUUACGGUGCUGCGGACCUAUCUUUUCCUUUUAAUAUUCCAAUCAAAUUAAAAGAGUAGAGUUUUCUUUCCGCCAAUAUGUCCUUUGAUUGAGGAGGACCAAAGUAUGCAUAGACAUAAUAAUUAAUGAAGAUUUGCGUUCAUUUGUUCUCUCUCUUUUCGCCUGCCUCCAUAAGUAGUACUGCCUUCCCCUUCAUUUUUUUCAACCUCAAAAGAGUCAAUCCUCAACUUCAACUAUCAAUGGGUAUCAUCAUCACUUUUAUUCUUGCUCUUGUUUUGCUGGGUUCUCUUGUUGUUGAAGCAAGAAUCUCAGGAGUUUACUCCGGUGGUUCAUGGCAAACUGCUCAUGCUACAUUUUAUGGUGGCAGUGAUGCUUCUGGAACUAUGGGUGGUGCGUGUGGUUACGGGAAUUUGUAUAGCCAAGGGUACGGAGUGAACACAGCAGCACUAAGCACUGCUUUGUUUAAUAAUGGAUUAAGUUGUGGAGCUUGCUUUGAGAUCAAAUGCAGAAAUGAUCCCCAUUGGAAGUGGUGUCUCCCUGGAAGCCCUUCCAUUUUAAUCACAGCCACCAAUUUCUGCCCCCCAAACUAUGCGUUGUCCAAUGACAAUGGUGGCUGGUGCAACCCUCCUCGCUCUCACUUUGAUCUUGCCAUGCCUAUGUUCCUCAAAAUUGCCCAGUACCGUGCUGGCAUUGUUCCCGUUACUUACCGCCGGAUACCAUGCCGCAAGCAAGGAGGAAUAAGGUUCACAAUGAAUGGGUUCCGUUACUUCAACUUGGUUUUGAUCACAAAUGUGGCCGGUGCAGGAGACAUUAUUAAGGUUUGGGUAAAAGGGUCGAAGACUAACUGGAUUCCCUUGAGCCGCAAUUGGGGUCAAAAUUGGCAAUCAAAUGCCGUUUUGACAGGUCAAUCACUCUCUUUCAGGGUUAAAGGCAGUGACCAUCGCACUUCUACUUCAUGGAAUAUUGUUCCUCACCAUUGGCAAUUUGGACAAACUUUCACCGGAAAGAAUUUCAGAAUCUAAGUCCAAUACAAACAAAUUACUCGUUUUUUAAAAAAAAAUUGCUUCCAUUUUACUGAUCUAAGAAACUUUUCCGUCGUGAAAAAAGAAAAAAAAAAAAAAAAAGUGGGAUGGAGGGAAAGAAUAGAGUUAAAUUUAAAGGGGAAAAAGUAGUAUAUUUUCGAGUGCGAGUAUCAACUUAUUCGACUAUAUUUGAAUAGGAAUAGUAACAGGGGAAUGGCAAAAGCGCCAUCUGUAUUAGAGCUUGAAGUGGCCGAAAAAUCAUGUAGCCCGCAGCUGAUUUUUAACUUUUACGAUAUACGUGAUAAGUUUUUAUGAAUGCAAAGUCUUGUUGAAUC